AUGAGGUCCGGUAGUGUGAGCUCAAGCCCACCGCAGCUAACAGGCGAAGUUGAUGAAUACCAAGACAGCCACGAAGCCAGUGCAUCAGACAUCGACGAAACGCCGCCGCUGCAUGCAGUAAAUGUCGCCCCGAGAUGGAACGAAUCCAAAACGACGAUAUGGAAACUCACUGCUACUUUUUGGUGCGCGUUUGUUAUGGGGUCUAAUGACGCCGCAUACGGAGCGAUUAUUCCAUAUGUUUAUAUGGGAGCUGAUGAUAACGUCGAUAUAAAUACUCAGCUUGAGAUUUACUACCGCAAAAGCUAUACAAUAGUUUCACUGGUUUUUCUUUCACCUUUUGUUGGUUAUACUAUAUCUGCCAUACUGAGCAAUUCAGUCCACCAAAAUCUAGGGAGAAGAGGAAUCACUAUCAUCGCUCCUAUUUGUCACUUGAUUGCCUUUGCAGUAAUAUCAAUCCACCCGCCAUUCCCAGUCCUAGUUAUUAUGUAUAUACUGGUUGGACUGGGCAGCGGCUUCCACAACGCAGCAUGGAAUGUAUGGAUUGGAAACAUGGCGAAUUCGAACGAAGUACUCGGGUUUUUCCACGGAUUCUACGGCGUCGGAGCAACAGUCAGUCCCCUCGUGGCAACCACUUUAAUCAUAAAAGCUGGAUGGGAAUGGUAUUCUUACUAUUAUCUCAUGACCGGCGCAGCUGCUAUUGCACUAGUCUAUUCAACAAGCGCCUUUUGGGCCGAAACAGGGGCCAAAUAUCAACAAGAAAACCCAAAGUUCCCAGGCGAUGAUGGAGGCGCGUUCUCCCAAACACGCACCGCCCUUACGCACAAGGUCACAUGGAUAUGUGCCGCUUUUCUCUUCCUAUACGGCGGAAUUGAAGUAGCAAUCGGAGGUUGGAUUGUUGUGUUCAUGACCAAUGUCCGACACGGCGGCGCUUUCGAGUCCGGCAUGGCAGAAACGGGCUUUUGGCUCGGUAUCACCGUCGGUAGAUUCGUGCUAGGGUUUGUAUCACCCCGGAUCGGGGAGAAAUUAUCAGUUGCCAUUUACAUUCUGCUUGCGAUUGCUCUCGAGCUCAUAUUUUGGCUUGUCCCGGAGUUUAUUGUAUCCGCGGUUGCAGUGUCGCUUGUGGGAUUCUUCAUGGGAACCAUCUUCCCUGGAGUUGUGAUUGUUGCCACACGAAUGUUGCCGAAGAAUGUUCAUGUUGCUGCUAUUGGUUUUGCGGCUGCGUUAUCUAUGGGUGGGGGUGCUGUCUUUCCCUUCAUGAUUGGUGCUAUUGCUCAGGCUAAGGGGGUGACGGUCCUACAGCCAAUUUUGCUUGCCAUGCUGGCUGUGUCGUUGGGAAUCUGGGCAACUUUGUUCAGGCUGCCACAGAGAGAGGUUUCGCAUCAUGUUUGA